CUGGCGGCGAGGCCACCUACGCUGGCAUGGCUCUCUACAACAAUGGGGCCGAUGUGCCUCCGCCCCAGGAAGCCUCCAACGGCUUCUCGCAGCCUGGUGCCUCAGGUACGUGGCACAAAGGCGAGGAGGAGGUGCGGCUGGUGGAGCCCAGCCUGGUGAAGAAGGCUCACCGGGAAAUCCUGGACCAUGAGCGCAAGCGGCGGGUGGAGCUGAAGUGCAUGGAGCUGCAGGAGAUGAUGGAGGAGCAGGGGUACUCCGAAGAGGAGAUCCGGCAGAAAGUGGGGACCUUUCGGCAAAUGCUGAUGGAGAAAGAAGGCGUGCUCACUAGGGAGGACCAGCAUGGGCGCCAAAUCGUGAUAGAGAACCAUCAUGGGGCAGAUGCUGAGGAGUACGUGGUGGAGUACCCUGACUACGGCGAGGGCUGCCUGCUGCAGUGUGACUGCUCGGCCGAGUGCUACCGCGAGGACAGCGGCCACCGCGAGUACAGGCUGAAAAGACGCUCAAGCAGCUCCCCCUCUCCUCCGCCCAAGAAGAAAAAGAAAAAGAAAUCGGGUCACCGCCGGAGCCGCAAAAAGAGGAAACCUGGCUCGGAGCGCAGCUGUGAUAGCUCUUCACCCAUCCGUAAGGAGAAGAAAAAGAAGACUGGAAAGAAACACAGACGUGACAGGUCUGAGUCAGGGUCGCGGAAGAAGAGAAGACACAGGUCUCGGAGCCCCAAGAACAAACGGAAGGAGAAAAACAAAGAGCGCAAGAGGUCCCGCAGCGAGUCCCCGGCCUGGCGCUCGCACCGGCGCAGCUCCUGCAGCUCCCACAGCGCCUCGCUCUCCUCCGACGACAGUGGCUCAAAAUCCCCUGGCAGGCUAAGCCCCAAGCGCCGGCAGGACGCCCCCAAGGGCAGCAGCGCCCGCUCCAGCCGCAGCCCGUCCUCCCCCUCGCCCUGCCGCUCGGCCUCGCCGCACCAGAACGGGCACAAGGGCAGCACCCAGAAUGGCCGCCACAGCCACGGCGCCCCGCUCCCGGAGCCCUCGGAUAGGCCGGCCUCGGCGUCACCCUCUCCGCGGGCUCACGGCAGGACGGAGCCGCCGUCCCCCCGUGCCCGGGGGGGCCGACACGGUGCCCGCAGCCCUCGGUCGCCCACGCCGGAGCGGGCCAAGCACGGCCACCGGCAUCGCUCCCGCAGCGCCUCGCCGCCGCCCCGCCACCGCGGCCAGAGCAAGGGAUGGCCCCAGGCCCCUCGGGAGCCCCCGCCGCCGCUGCUCAGCCCCGCCGGCUACAGCAGCGAUUCGGAGGGCUCGGCGGGCUCCCACCCCUACCACCCGCCGCUCGGCCCCGACAGGAACCAUGGCGCCCAUGCCAAGAAGGUGAAGGAGAGGCACCACCGGGGCCGGCCCAACAGCAGCUCGGAGUCGUCGGCCAAGCACUCCCGGCACGCCUCAGAGCGGAGGAAGAGCCCGUCACCCAGCCCCGGCCAGCGCAGCAGCUCCUGGAGCUCCAGCGGCUCCCUCUCCAAGUCCCGCUCCCGCUCCCGGGAAAAGAGAGUGGGACGCAGCCGCUCCCGCUCACCCUCACCGAAAAAACCCGCCAGCAGAGAGAAGGACAACGAGCCUCGAACACGCCACGGUGACCCCGAUCCCGCCCGCGCCCGGCGCCGCUCCAGGAGCUACUCCCCCAUCAGGAAGAGGAGACGUGACUCCCCCAGCUUCAUGGAGCCCAGGAGGAUCACGAGUGCUCGCAAGCGUCCCAUCCCCUACUACCGCCCCAGCCCCUCAUCCUCCAGCUCUCUGAGCACCUACUCCUACAGCCGCAGCCGCAGCCGCAGCUACGACAGCUACAGCACCAGCCGCAGCCGCAGCCGGACUCGCAGCCCCCACAGCCGCUCCCGCAGCCCCAGCCGCAGCCCCAGCUACAACAGCCGCAGCAGCUCGGAGAGUGCCGGCUUCUGACCCCACCCUGGCACCCGGCCGCAGCCCCCUGCCAUCCCGGCCAUGCCCCCCCACCCCGAUGCCGCCUG